AUCUCCAACAAUGGAUAGAAGUAACAGAGUGGCAGCGUUAUCAAAGAUGAUCUCUCUCCCACACUGCUCUCACAAUAUUCUCCACACGCUAAAACUCUGAGUCUCAACAAAAUUCUCGUUGAAAUUUUCCAAUUCAGAAAAAAUGGUUGUAGUUUUCAGGGUCUUAGCGAGGUCUGUCACCCAUAAUUGUUUGAAAAAAUCGAAACCCAAUCAACAAUCGCUAAGUUUGACAACAAGUUUCACUUCCAAUCCCCACACAUGGCGGUUUCAGAGUCUCAGAACUCUCAUUUUGGAGUCCACAACUUCCGAAUCGGUCAAACUGGACAGACUCUCCGACCCAGAUUCUGGAAUUGUGGAGGUCAAGUUGGAGAGACCAGGAGCUAAGAAUGCUAUUGGGAGGGACAUGCUAAGAGGGUUACAGCAGACCUUUGAUGCAAUUGAAAAGGACCACUCUGCUAAUGUUGUCAUGAUUUGCAGUUCAGUUCCAAAGGUGUUCUGUGCAGGGGCUGAUUUGAAGGAGCGCAGGACAAUGGAUCCCUCAGAGGUUCAUUUUUUUGUCAAAUCACUUCGCUUGACGUUCUCAUUUUUAGAGGCACUUCAUGUGCCUUCUAUCGCUGUUAUUGAAGGAGCAGCAUUGGGUGGUGGACUAGAAAUGGCUCUAUCAUGUGAUCUUCGGAUAUGUGGAGAAGAUGCAGUUUUAGGCUUGCCAGAAACGGGACUUGCUAUAAUCCCUGGGGCUGGUGGGACGCAACGGCUUCCUAGAUUGGUUGGAAAAGCAGUAGCAAAGGAGCUUAUAUACACUGGUCGUAAGAUUUGUGGCAGAGAUGCAAUGUCCAUGGGUCUUGUUAAUUACUGUGUUCCUGCUGGUGAAGCUCAUAUAAAGGCACUUGAAAUUGCUCGGGAUAUAAAUCAGAAGGGUCCAAUAGCAAUAAGAAUGGCAAAAAGAGCCAUUAACGAGGGACUUGAGAUUGAUAUGGCAUCAGCCUUAACAUUGGAAGAAGAGUGCUACGAGCAGCUACUGAACACAAAAGAUCGCCUGGAAGGCUUGGCAGCAUUUGCUGAGAAGCGGAAGCCAAGGUAUAAUGGUGAAUAAAAAGAAAUGAAUUCUGGUAAUGACCUACAUCUGAACAAGUUAGUGUCUUUGGUUUAAUUUUCUCAUCAAGUUAUUUUUUUGGCCCUAUGAGAGAAACCCUUAAGUUAGAGACUUAGAUUUCUGUAAAAUAAAAGCCAGCAUUCACCUUGUAUGUCCCACUCAUUUGAAGAUAAUUGGAAAUUUUCAGUGGCCAAGAGCCUUGUAGCUCAAUGGCAUUGUUUGGUUAUCUCCAUAGAGAGAACUUUGGUUGAAAAACCACCACCCCACCCCUUGUUUUCGGUGAAAAAAAUAAGGAAAAUUUCAAGUGGGACAUUGGUUCAGAAGCUGUGUACAUUUGAGAUGGCCUACUUUUUAUCAACAGUGACACAAUAAAAUUAGCCCCUCAGAUUUAGACCUGAAUGUAAAUUUACCAUGCAUAAUCCAACUUGUUAAAGUCAC